GUUACCUUCAAUUAGCCAAUGAAUGAUUAGUACCAAGGUCACUUGACCUAACCCUAACUUAGGUACACAUUAGAAUGUAUGGUUAAUUUUUUUCUAUCAUUACUGUAAUCAAGUUUUAUUUAGCAAUUAUAACAGAUAAAAUAUGAUUAAUAGACGAAAAACUGAUAAACAUAAAUCGGAGACAAGUAUAACAACUGUAGAGGCAAGAAAACCAACGACUCGACAAACUCUUAUUGCUACUAUAAUACUAUGUAGUCUAGCUGUUGUAUGCAUUAUCAUUGGGAUGACCUUGAAGCUGGCUUAUGGUCCAUCAUUGUACUACAGGGAUGAAAAUUACUGGCUUGCAGUAACUGGACUAAUUCUGGUCGCAGUAUCCUUUCCAAUUGGUAUCACAUCAAUCUGUCUUCUAAAUACACUAUUUCGUAUUAAACAAUAUAUUGAAUACACUGAAGCACGUAAACGUAUGUUAGAAAGUGAGGUUUCUGCUACACAUACAGAUAAAAUGGUCAACUGACAAGUAGUCAAUUCUUAGAAAGUACUACACAUUACCCAAAAGAAUGACAUGAAGAGGGAUGAGAUUAGCUCAAUAUUGUGCAGUUCAAAUUGUGAAAGUACUUCAAAAUUGUUCAUUUGUUUAUUUUUCUCAGUUUUUAUCCGCUCAGACUUCAUACAGAAAACCAAUAAAUGUAUCAGGAGAUUUUGUAAAACAUAAUUUUAUUAAAAAGCAAUAAACUGAACCAAGAAUAUUAUUAUCAUUA